CGCCGAAAUUCAAAGGAAUAAAUAGUUCGGGCGCGGGUGUUGGGUGUGCGGCCGGUGUCGUAGCCGCUAUGGUGGGGUUUGCCUCGUAGCACCGGAGCCUGGCGAGGUUGGUUCACGCGUCACCAUACUCGUGACCUGGAGGAGGUUUUGGGGCGCUUCGAGCCCAAGCGGCCGGAGACAGCAGCGAGGCCGCAGAGGUUUGCCUGCCCAAGGCACUAUUGAAAAUGCAUAUUAAGUCAAUCAUUCUUGAAGGAUUCAAGUCCUAUGCCCAGAGGACUGAAGUCAAUGGUUUUGACCCCCUCUUCAAUGCCAUCACUGGUUUAAAUGGUAGUGGGAAAUCUAACAUCCUGGACUCCAUCUGUUUCUUGCUGGGCAUUUCCAACCUAUCUCAGGUGCGAGCUUCUAAUUUACAAGAUUUGGUUUACAAAAAUGGGCAGGCUGGUAUUACCAAAGCCUCAGUGUCAAUCACCUUUGAUAAUUCUGACAAAAAGCAGAGUCCUUUAGGAUUUGAAGUUCAUGAUGAAAUCACAGUAACAAGGCAGGUGGUCAUUGGUGGCAGAAAUAAAUAUUUAAUCAAUGGAGUAAAUGCAAACAACACCAGAGUACAGGAUCUCUUCUGUUCUGUUGGUCUUAAUGUUAACAACCCCCACUUUCUCAUCAUGCAGGGCAGAAUUACAAAAGUAUUGAAUAUGAAACCUCCAGAGAUUUUAUCCAUGAUAGAAGAAGCAGCUGGAACCAGGAUGUAUGAAUACAAAAAAAUAGCUGCCCAGAAAACUAUAGAAAAAAAGGAGGCUAAGCUGAAAGAAAUUAAGACGAUACUUGAAGAAGAGAUUACUCCAACCAUUCAAAAAUUAAAAGAGGAAAGAUCUUCCUAUUUGGAGUACCAAAAAGUAAUGAGAGAAAUAGAACAUUUGAGUCGUUUAUAUAUUGCUUAUCAGUUUUUGCUGGCUGAAGAUACCAAAGAACGCUCAGCUGAAGAAUUAAAAGAAAUGCAGGAUAAAAUUGUAAAGCUUCAAGAAGAAUUGUCUGAGAAUGAUAAAAAAAUAAAGGCACUUAAUCACGAAAUAGAAGAAUUGGAAAAAAGAAAAGAUAAGGAAAUUGGAGGAAUACUCCGGUCUUUGGAAGAUGCUCUUGCAGAGGCUCAGCGAGUUAAUACCAAAUCCCAAAGUGCUUUUGACCUGAAGAAGAAAAACCUGGCAAGUGAAGAAAACAAACGCAAAGAGCUGGAAAAAAACAUGGUCGAGGAUUCUAAAACUUUAGCAGCGAAGGAAAAAGAGGUUAAAAAAAUAACAGACGGGCUGCAUGCCCUUCAAGAAGCAAGCAAUAAAGAUGCCGAAGCUUUGGCUGCUGCACAGCAGCACUUCAAUGCUGUUUCCGCUGGCCUCUCCAGUAAUGAAGACGGAGCAGAAGCAACUCUUGCUGGUCAGAUGAUGGCCUGUAAAAAUGACAUCAGUAAAGCUCAGACAGAAGCCAAACAGGCUCAGAUGAAGUUGAAACAUGCCCAACAGGAAUUAAAAAAUAAACAAGCUGAAGUUAAGAAGAUGGAUAGUGGCUACAGGAAGGAUCAAGAGGCUUUUGAAGCUGUAAAGAGACUUAAAGAAAAACUUGAAGCAGAAAUGAAAAAGCUAAAUUAUGAAGAAAAUAAAGAAGAAAGUCUUUUGGAGAAGCACAGGCAAGUAUCUCGAGAUAUCAGUAGACUGAAAGAAACCUAUGAAGCUCUCUUGGCCAGAUUUCCCAAUCUUCGAUUUGCAUACAAGGAUCCAGAGAAGAACUGGAAUAGAAAUUGUGUGAAAGGACUUGUAGCUUCUCUGAUUAGUGUAAAAGAUACUUCUGCAACAACAGCUUUAGAAUUGGUGGCUGGAGAACGACUCUACAAUGUUGUGGUAGACACAGAGGUUACUGGAAAAAAGCUACUAGAAAAAGGAGAAUUGAAGCGUCGAUACACUAUAAUUCCACUCAAUAAAAUUUCAGCUAGAUGCAUUGCUCCAGAAACUCUGAAGGUUGCUCAGAAUCUUGUUGGCCCUAACAACGUUCAUGUGGCUCUUUCCCUGGUUGAGUACAAACCAGAACUUCAGAAAGCAAUGGAAUUUGUCUUUGGAACGACAUUUGUUUGCGAUAAUAUGGAUAAUGCCAAAAAAGUGGCCUUUGAUAAAAGGAUAAUGACUAGAACUGUAACUCUAGGAGGUGAUGUAUUUGAUCCUCAUGGGACAUUGAGUGGAGGUGCUCGAUCCCAGGCAGCUUCCAUUUUAAUGAAGUUCAAAGAACUCAAGGAUGUUCAAGAUGAGCUGAGAAUCAAGGAGAAUGAGCUAAGGGCUCUAGAAGAGGAAUUAUCAGGUCUUAAAAACACUGCUGAAAAGUAUCGUCAACUAAAACAACAGUGGGAAAUGAAAUGCGAAGAGGCAGAUUUAUUACAAACCAAGCUACAGCAAAGUUCAUAUCACAAACAACAAGAAGAAUUAGAUGACCUUAAAAAAACCAUUGAGGAAAGUGAGGAAAUCUUAAAAAACACCAAAGAAAUUCAAAAAAAGGCAGAAGAAAAAUAUGAAGUAUUGGAGAAUAAAAUGAAAAAUGCAGAAGCUGAAAGAGAGAGAGAACUGAAGGAUGCUCAGAAAAAACUGGAUGGUGCUAAAACAAAGGCAGAUGCAUCUAGCAAAAAAAUGAAAGAAAAGCAACAGGAAGUUGAAGCUAUCACUUUGGAACUGGAAGAACUCAAAAGAGAGCAUGCUUCUUAUAAACAACAGCUGGAAGCUGUAAAUGAAGCUAUCAAAUCCUAUGAAGGUCAGAUUGAAGUAAUGGCAGCUGAGGUGGCUAAAAAUAAGGAGUCGGUAAAUAAAGCUCAAGAAGAGGUAACCAAGCAGAAGGAAGUGAUAACAGCCCAAGACAAUGUAAUUAAAGCGAAGUAUGUAGAAGUAGCGAAACAUAAAGAGCAGAACAAUGAUUCCCAGCUUAAAGUUAAGGAAUUAGACCACAACAUCAGCAAACAUAAACGGGAAGCUGAAGAUGCGGCUGCAAAGGUAUCAAAAAUGUUGAAAGAUUAUGGGUGGAUUAGUGCAGAGAGACACCUAUUUGGCCAACCCAAUAGUGCUUAUGAUUUCAAAAGUAACAACCCAAAAGAAGCUGGUCAGAGACUUCAGAAGUUACAAGAAUUAAAGGAGAAACUAGGACGAAACGUCAAUAUGAGAGCUAUGAAUGUACUGACAGAAGCUGAAGAGCGGUAUAAUGACUUGAUGAAAAAGAAGAGAAUUGUGGAAAAUGACAAAUCCAAAAUUCUUGCAACCAUAGAAGACCUUGACCAGAAGAAAAACCAAGCCCUAAAUAUUGCUUGGCAAAAGGUGAAUAAGGACUUUGGGUCUAUUUUUUCUACUCUUUUGCCUGGUGCUAAUGCUAUGCUUGCACCACCAGAAGGGCAAACUGUUUUGGAUGGUCUGGAGUUCAAGGUAGCCUUAGGAAAUACCUGGAAAGAAAACCUAACUGAACUUAGUGGUGGCCAAAGGUCUUUAGUGGCUCUGUCAUUAAUACUGUCUAUGCUCCUCUUCAAACCUGCUCCAAUUUAUAUCUUGGAUGAGGUAGAUGCAGCCUUGGAUCUUUCUCAUACCCAGAAUAUUGGGCAGAUGCUGCGUACUCAUUUCACACAUUCUCAGUUCAUUGUGGUGUCCCUGAAAGAAGGUAUGUUCAACAAUGCAAACGUUCUUUUCAAAACCAAGUUUGUGGAUGGCGUUUCUACAGUAACCAGAUUUACUCAAAGUCAAAAUGGAAAGAUCCCAAAGGAAACAAACUCCAAGGCAAAAGGACCCAAAUGACCCCAUGUCGAAGUUUAAAGUACAGAUGUACUCCUUCAACUUGCCUCUUUAAUGUCUUGGGAUCUAAUUUGUUUAUAUAAAAAAUGUUAUUUAACCUAUAUUUUCAUUUAUAUCAUCAGUUAAAAAUGAGCAUAGACUCUUCUAUUUUAAUUGGUGUAACUGGUCCAAUUACUGUGAUAGUGAUUUUAUGCAUAUCAAAUGCUUUUUCUAAUGCAUGUCUUUUUAUGUAAUAGGGAGUGUCAAAUACCUGGUUGGUGGUAAAUUCUGUAUGUAAAUGCAAAAGUAUAAAGAAACAGAUGAAAUUAAAUUGUAUGAUAAAUAUAGCUGAUAGUCAGCUUUUAAUUAGUUUAAUUCCUAAGGCAAUAUUUGUGUGUUUUCUAAUGCUAAUAAAGUCAUCUAGGUAAGGAAGAAUUAUAAAACAUGUAGCUAGACCAACAAUGGGAACAAAAAACAAGCUGCUUGGAAGAUAGUCCCUUGAGGACUCAAUGCCAAAUCCAGAGAUGGGAAACAGAUCUUGAAAGAUACUUCAUUUUAAUGAUGUUUGAAUAUCAUGUCUCUUUAUACCUAAUGAUUGACUCUACGACCUUCAGGGUUUUUUUUUUUUUUUUUUUUAAGCUGUAUAUUUUAAUAGAAACCUGUGUGUGUUACAUUGCGUUCUGCAAGAUUUUCUGAAAACCAGUUUUUAAAGAUGCAUGGCAACCCUUUUCAUAAUUUAAUCAAUAAUGGGCAACUAUUAAUGGGUGAGAGUGUAGAGCCCAGCAGGCUAAAUCAGAUUUAUCUUUGAGUCUGAUAGAUCCAUCUUUCUACCAAAAUAACUCCAAAGUUUGAUGAUUAUUGUACUUCUUAGUGUCUUCUACUUUCCAAUUCAAAGAAGGUGAAAUUCCUUUAGACCUUUAAAGAUGGCGCUUCAAACACCUUAAUACUAUCUUUGUGUCUCUAUGCACAUCCCAGAGCGGUAUCUUCAGAUUAAGUUCUAAAAGCUCUGAUGUGAGCUACUCUGAUCUUGUAUGUAUCAUUUUGGCCCUAUAUCCUUUCCUGAUGUGUGAAUCUUAGGUCUUUAUUGUUAUUUUCAUCCUUUCCCUGAUAAAUUCUAAUGCUUCCUGGCCCUUGGUUUGACGUCUCUCAUUCUUCAUUCUCCAUUUUAAGAAUCAGAUUUUACAUAAUAUACAUAGUUAAUAUGGACACAUAAGAAAGCAGCUAUAACCAAUUCCAGAAUUGGUUAUAGCUGCUAUACAGGAGAGGUUGUAAAUGCUGAGUUAAGAGAAGUUCAAUAUGACAAAUAAUAGCUAUGUGAAGGCUUUUGUUUCCUAUUAAAAAUAACUUAAAGACUGAAUAUUUUGCCAUAUGUACUAAUUUUCUUUAUUC